CGUCUCCGGGACUUUGCAGAAACAGCGGUGCGUCCCACCCCGACCCUCAUGAGCGGCAGGCAAAAGAAGUUUCCGUUCUCGGGCUAAGAAGCAGGUUUUCCUCUCUCCCGGUCCUUGUGGGGAGCAGCCAUGGGGCCUGUUUUGGUCCUCCCGUUGCUGCCGCUGCUGCUGCUGGGACCCUCUUUGGUGCCUGGAAGUGGAGGAGGGAAGAAGCCCCCCCCAGCCCCCCAUUUCCUGCUCCAGGCGAAGUCCGAGUGCCGCUUCAGCAACGGGACGGGGCAGCCGCAGGUGCGCUUCCUCUACAGGCUCACCUACGACCGGCAGAACUACGCGCACUUCGACAGUGACCUGGGCGAGUGGGUGGCCGACGCCGAGUGGGCGGAGCAGGACGUCCAGCGAUGGAACCGCGACAAGGACCACCUGCGGUUCGGGAUGGCCCAGGUGGAUCGCUUCUGCCGCUACAACUACGACAACAUCUACGGGCCUUUUUCCCACCGGCGGCGGGUUCAGCCCUCCGUCUCCAUCUCCCCCACCAAGGAAGACCCCCUGUCCCCCCACACCCUCCUGCUCUGCACUGCAGCCAGUUUCUAUCCCCUGGAGAUUGAGAUCCAGUGGCUGAAGAACGGGCAGGAGCAGAAGGAAGGGGUCUUUUACGGGGAGGAGCUCCGGAACGGGGACUGGACCUACCAGACCCAGGUGAUGCUGGAGACGAAGCCGGAACACGGAGACGUCUACACCUGCCAAGUGGAGCACGCCAGCCUGGAGGCCCCCAUCACCAUCCAGUGGGAGCCACUGAGGUCGGACUCUGCCAGGAGCAAAGUGUGGACGGGGGCCGUGGGGGCCGUGCUGGGCGUGGUCUUUGUGGCCGUGGGACUCUCCCUCUACCGGAAGAAGAAGAAAGCAACACCCAUCCAACCCCCUGCAGGUAAGGUCUCUCUCUGCACCUCCUCCCCCAAUUCCUUGCGUUGGUUUUUAUCCUGCCUUUCCAAAACCAUUUGUCCAAAGCAGCUGACGGAUAUUUCAAAAUGACCCCGCAAAGCCCACGUCCAGAGUGCAGCUCCUCUGCGGCAUCCGAGAGCAGCAGCCCUGUGGGUCUCUUGCAGUGGGAACAACCAAGCGCCUUGUGGCACUUUGAA